AUGCGUGCUGCUCUCCCCCGCUCGCCCAUUAACAUCUCCUUUAGGAUCGCACCCGCUGCCAUUCCUGCAGUCCGCUACAUCAGCACAACCACUCACAACUGCUUUCUUUCGUCGACGACCCUCGCGUCUCCAACAUCAACCAAAAUGACGGCCAGAGGCUUCAAGGUCACCGACUGGGUCGACCCCAAGGACACGUCCGGCGAGUUCAAGCGCCAGGUCAGCUCUUUCCGCGACUGGAUCGGCCAGGCCGACGAGUCCGGCAACGUCCGGUUUCCCGCCGAAAAGGACCGCUACCACCUCUACGUCAGCUACGCCUGCCCCUGGGCGACGCGCGCGCUCAUCGCCCGCAAGCUCAAGGGCCUCGAGGACAUUGUCUCCAUGUCCGUCGUCCACUGGCACUUGGGCAGCAACGGCUGGCGCUUUGUCACCAAGGAGGACACCGAUGCGCCCGGCGUGGGCGUCGUGCCCGAUCCCCUGCCCGGCCACGAAGCCUUCACCCACUUGCGCGAGGUCUACAUGCUCGCCAACCCCAACUACACGGGCCGCAUCACCGUCCCCGUGCUGUGGGACAAAAAGACGCGCACGAUUGUCAGCAACGAGAGCAGCGAGAUCCUGCGCAUGUUUGGGGCGGCCUUUGACGGCCUCAUUGGCCCCGCGUUCCAACAAGUCGACCUGUACCCCGAGGCCCUGCGCAAGGAGAUUGAGGACGCGCACGUGUGGCAGUACGACCUGAUCAACAACGGCGUGUACAAGAGCGGCUUUGCCACCAAGCAGGCCGCCUACGAGCGCAACGUCGUGGCCCUCUUUGAGGCGCUCGACCGUGCCGAGAAGCACCUGUCCGAGUCCAAGGGCCCCUACUGGUUUGGCGAGACCAUGACCGAGGUGGACAUCAGACUAUUCGUCACAAUUAUUCGCUUUGAUCCCGUCUACGUUCAACACUUCAAGUGCAACUUGUCCGACAUCCGCUCCGGCUACCCCUUCCUCCACAAGUGGAUGCGGAACCUCUACUGGAACCACCCUGCCUACAAGGACUCGACCAACUUCUUGCACAUCAAGAAUCACUACACCCAGAGCCACACCCAGAUCAACCCUUUCAGCAUCACCCCGCUGGGUCCCGUCCCGGAUAUCCUGCCGCUCGACCAGGAGGUGGCCGCCGUCAAGGCUGGCAAGUUGUAG